CGAAAUGGAGGUCUAUAGAAAAAGAGCUGUGUAGAGGAGAUAUUACAAUACAAACUUACAUGGUUGCUGCACACAUUGUAAUAAUUAUUGUCAACAAAACCUUGUGCGUCCGUGGCAUGGCGGCUAGGACUCUCGCCGGCCAAGCACAUGGUCCACGGUUCGAUCCCCUGCCGACGCACACCUGAUAUCAAUGGUCGGUCUGCGAAAUUUGGGCUACUGAUAUCACAUGCUAAUAAUUCCAUACUUGUACCAAAAUACUGUGUGGAUUCAAACUAUAAUCAAAUAAAAAUAAAUAAUGUCUAAUGGGAGAUUUGAUGUCUACGAUUUAUAAUUGCAUUUGACUAACUAAAUACAAUAUUUUUGUCUUCAGUGUACUUGGUAUAAUCCCCAUGGGAGUGUUUCUCUUUGCUAAGAACGUUCAAGAACGAUUUCCACUGAAUUAUGCGCUAGUAGUACUUGCACUUUUAUUAUUGUCAUUUGCAAUACCUGGCAUAACAGCAGCCUUGUGGUUAUGGAAUAUUUUAUCAUGGACUCUGACGAUGGCUGUUUCUGUGGGUGCACUCAUAUUCGGGUACAAAAUGGAAAAACUGAGUAAGACAUCCAGCAUCAUAGUACUGAGCUUUGCUGGUGGGAUAACAGUGGUGGGAAUCAUCGUGUUGAUUACUUUAAAAGUUACUUUGAAUGGGAUAAUUUCGACCAUCCUGCCUGCUUUGAUCAUCGUUUUCGCUAUAUUGAUGGUGUUAUAUCUGACCGGACAAGGGAUAAAACGGUGCAGUAAAGCAGAUACAAGCAGUAUCCUUCCAAUCUGGUUAACUGUGAUCACUUGGACAGGCGUGGUCUUGAUUUAUUUGUCGAUAUCUGUUAUGCUUCCGAGAACUCAAAGUGGAAACCAGACUGACAUGUAAAGCGGAACUUGUCGUUCAAUAAUACUACACUUUUAUUUUUGUUGUUGGUUUGCCAUUUGACAUAUCCACUAUGUCGUCAUAUGUGUAAAAUUCGUUUUAUACGAAGGAAGAUUUUCAUUCAUAUUCCAC